AUGGACACUCUUCCUCAAGCUCUAGUUCUCGAAAUACUGAGUCGACUCGACGACUCGGCGGACGUAGCUCGCUGCCGAGCUGCGUGGAAGACUUUCAAUACUGUCUCUCUAAGCCUUCGAUCGAUCAAUCUACAAUUGCCAUUGUCAAGUUACAUUGAAUCAGGGUCUAGGGUUUCAAAUGCUUCAAGUUCUUCCCAAAUAACUUCCCCUCUCAAGACGAUUUUCCUCAAUGUUCUAUCGAACUUGAUAGUUGUUGAAUCGGUGCGUAUCGGCAUCAAGAACCUGCCCCGAUAUUUUUCGCAUGCUGGCGUUGAAGCAAAAGAUCUGCACCUCACCGAUGGGGAUUUCAUUAUGCAGUGGCUGCCUUGGGUUUCCGGAUCUUUGAAAUCCCUUUCAAUUUCGGAUUUUUGGCCUCAGUCAUGUCGCCGUCGAUCGAAUGUUUUAUCUCUGGUGUCUGCUUACUGUAACAAACUUGUUGAAUUAGAGGUGAAGAAUGCAUGGCUUUCUGUUGACAAUAUGAAUCAGAUGUUAAUGGUAACAAGUUUAACACUGGAGUCCAUCCGAUUAGAUGAUAAGGAAUUGAUACAGUUGAAUAAGUCCUUCCCUAAUCUUCAAGUUCUUAACUUGAUAGAUGUUAGAGGACUUAAACUACCAACAGUCCAUCUUCUCCACCUAAAAACAUGUCACUGGACUAUAACAGAUGCUCCACCAUUUGUAACUGUACUCGCACCUAACCUUAUCACACUCACAAUCGAGGGUAAAAAGCCUGCUGCAGUUCAUGUUGAAACUCCAUUGUUAACUCACUUCCAUCUUGCCCUUCCUCAUGCGGACCCACUUUCAGUCGAAAAGUUUGAGAAUCUGAAAACAGUUUGGAUCGAGGCUUCAUUCCUCUACCCCUUGCUUGUUAGCUUUCGAUAUACAGAUUCUGUAGAAAAUCUAACUUUGGAUUCACGAGGUUUGACUAAAGGGCCUUUUGCAAGAUUCAAAUUUAGCCUUGAGAAUUUGUUCAAUAUUUUCCCCAACAUGACUUCUUUAUGUUUUCGGUCAAGGGCAUGGUCGGAAUUUGAGGUGAGGGCUAGAAUAUUUGGGAUUGGGAUGGAAGGAUUGAAAACUUUUUGUGGGUAUCUGAUGAUAGUUGACCUUUCGUUGACUUUAUCCUUGGUUGCUUGUGUGUUGGACCAAUGCUUUGGCUUGGUAGAUGUCUCUUUGCUUAUCCAUAAUAAUGUUGCUUCUUAUCUAUCCAAGGGUUUUAUGUGCACCUGCAUGCAGAGGUGGCCUAAUGUGAAUUGGAAGUGGGGAACAUGGGAGGAAGGAAAGGAAGAUUCUUGGAUAAGUGAUGAAGAUUUAAUGCAAAUGUCAUCUUACAUGAACCCUGAGUUUCGAUAUGUAAAGAAACAAAGAAGUUGAGAAGAUGUGUAGAAAGCUUUUAUGAUGGUUUCAUCUUUUGGAAUGUUGUUGCUUGUUAUGAUAAUUUGUUUAUCUUAAUAGAGGGUUUAAAUACAAACAUGUGUCGAUGCUUAUGCGUAUGCGCAUAAUAUAUGUUUAAUGAGUUGAUAUUGUUAUCUUUAUCUA